UAAAGCUGAAGUUCCUGUUAAAAAGUCACUAUACUCCUUAUAAAAGCCUGUUUUCUGUCCUAUUUUUGGCUGAUAUCACCCAGACAUUAUCCUGUAAAGGUAAAGAUAGAGGGGAAACGUAAUAAGUGUAGGUUAAUAGUUUUAGUAGCUGUAAAAUGUUUAACAUGGCAUGGCUGUUCGUCCUGGUAUCGCUGAUUUUGUCCACGCCGGCGUGUUUAAGUCAGUCCUCGGGGUCUGAAAACCAGCCCAAAGCCUCUGGUUUGUGGCAGACUCUGCAGUCAGUGUCCACCAGUCUGUGUGAGGACGGACACGGGUUCCUGGUGUCUCUGUUUGGCAGACAGUCCGUGGAUUCAGGACUGAAGACCCUAAGAGAGAUUACAACGUGGGCUUUAGAGUCUACUGCUGGUUCUCUGAACAUACUGGCCUCAUAUGUCACAGAAGUGCUAGGAGCAGCUGGAAUCACUGCCAAUCUGCCUGUGAAGCGCAUCACUCCGGAAGGUGUUGCGUUUGUUACUAAGUGGGUCCUGUUGGCUGUGCUUGUCUACUGGAUCCUGUCCUUGGCGGUGUGCUUUGUAUCAGGGAUAGUGCAGCGUACUCUGUGGCUAGUGAAGAUCACUGUCGCCAUUGCCAUGUUUGGUCUCAUUCUAAGUGAUACUGGUGCCACUGCUGAAACCACAGCAAUGAGACUGGCUGGAUUAGUGCUUGCCUGCAUCCUGCUGGGUAUCGGACCCUCACCGUUCAAGGGAGAUACAAAUACACACAUGGAAGUGAAAGUUAAGGUGCUGGAGAGGAAGGUAAGAGAGUUGGAGAAGAAGAGCAAAGAUGACUAAGGGGCACAAAUCCAGGAUCACUAAACUGAAAUGAUCCUGACUUUAGAUCUGUGUUUUGUGACUGAAUUAUUAUAUUAUAUCAUACUCUUAAGCCUUGACCUGAGGACUGUAUAUAUAUUUUUUUUGUGUUUCAGCUCUGUUACAGCAAAUUUAAUGCAAAAACUGAAUCACAAGGGUUUGAUUUUCUGGACAGGGAUUAAUCCUAUUUUUUGUUCGUCUUCAAUGAAAACCUCUCCAUUUCAAAAUGCUGUGCUGUUUUGUUUGUGUAUUCUGUAAAUGUCCUUAUUUCAUUCUGAUAGAGCUUGACAAGAUGCAUAAUAUAGCUAUUAUGUAUGUUCUACUAGGUUGAUACAAAACAGCAUCUUUUUAAAGAGAUUCCUUUUUUUUCUAUUCUGUAUUAUGUAUGUUAGGAAUGCAUGAAAUAUUUGGCAACCAAAUAAGUGAAAAGACAGAAAAGUUAUACUGUUACACAUUUAUUGACGUCAUUUUGCAGCCUUUCUUGUGUCUUUGGAAUAUGGUGGAGACAGGCUCACAAUCAGUUGUAGUUGUGUAAUUGUUUUUUAUAUAUAUAAUAUAAAUGAAAGGCAAAAAUACAUUAAGGCUAUGCUAUUUAUUUAACGGUGAAGUGUGGAAACAGAUGUGGGCAAUUUAAUAAUAGCUUGUGGAAAAAGUAUUCAGCUUUCAGCCAAAAACUGAUUUUGGUGCAUCCCUAAAAAAUGGGACAGUGUACAUCGGAUGUGUUUACAUCAGGAAACAAUUUUAUUUACUUUGAAAAAUAACCUAUUUUUUUUUAUUUCCUCUGGUUUAUAUUAUCACUACUGUGAACAAUUCUGAAAGUCCACACCAUAAUCUGAACCAAGAUUAUUUUGUACACUAGGGGUGGGCGAUAUGGCUCUAAAAUAAUAUCACGAUAUUUCAUGGUAUUUUCACAAUAACGAUACUUUUGGUGAUUUGACAAAACACUAAAUUAGAAAAAUUAUUUAAAAUUUUAUUAUUGCAUGCAAUAUGAUAUGGCUAACUGAGAUAUUAAAAAAAAUAAUAAUUUUAUCAGAUUUGUAACAGAAGCCAAUGAUUCAGAAUGUCAUGAUACUAGCAGUGCACUCCAAAUAUCUCCAUAUAUCCAGGAUUAAAGUUAUAUAAUCUGUCUAUAGUAGAUAUAUAAUGGGGAAUGAGAACAGUGUGAAUUUUUCCUUUGCUAAAAACGGUAAAAAAGUAGUACCCUGUUGUGAUAAGUAGGGGUGGGUCAUAGGGCACGAUAUUUCAGGGUAUAAUAUUGUUCACGAUAUUCAAUUUUUUUGGCGAUAUUAUUACAUACGAUACAAUGUGGCACACCCCUAUUGUACACUUUGUUUUACACUGCCCUUUAAUGAGCAGCUUAAACCACUUGUCUUUACCUACAUGGGCUGUGUCCCAAUACUUGAAUUUGUGUGUUGAAUGUUGUCAAUUUAGAGAGUUGCCUUUUUAGAUGUUGUCAAAUUCUGCCUUCCUACCAGAAUCUGACUCCCUUCAAUUGAGGUGCAACAUCAGAUUACCCUCAGAUUUAUUUGAUCUCUGUUUAUAAGUAAGAUAAAAUAUAUCGUAUACAGUAGAUUCAGGAGUCACCAGUGUAAUCUGUGUAUGAUGCGCAUGCACAUGAAGGGGAGUCAGAAAUCGACACAACGUUGUUGUUUUUUCUCUCUUUUGUUUAAUGGGUCAAUAUAGACUGCCUCAGCUUCCUGUAUUUGAUCCGACAGUGCGAACCAUUUAAAAACGUUCAGGUGUGUGGGAGUAAUAGGCAUGAAAACACUAGUUACAUUAAUAAUUUAUUGUUUAAAAUACAACUGUUGUUUUCAUUUAAUUUGUGCGCAGAAAGAUUAAUGACAUUUGUUGUGUCUAUAUUGUGUUGUGAUUUUAAUAACACCUUGCACAAACAACAUGGGACAGAUAUAUUAACAAUCUUAUUUGUUGAGGUUUAUGUUAAACCUUAUCAGGAAAAAAACACCAAUCUAGCUUCUUUUGUCAUUCAUCUUGAAUUGAGAAGAAUCUGCAGAAUUCCUCACACGGUUGAAAUGCGUGGCAGCUAAGCUGUGUUUAAUCAGUGCUAUUUCUGUUGAAAGAGUGUCCUCUAAAGCAGCCAAAGAAACACAAAAUGUACAAAUAUGUUUUCACAUUUUUAUUAAUAAUAUUUUGACCUACAUCUCAUAGUUUACGGGUUGUGCUGGGUUAUAUUUUAUAUAACUGUGUUGUUAGGAUCUACAAACACUAGGUAUAGUAAUAAAAUGUUUUAAAAUAUUAAA